CACACACACACACACACAGCUCAUGAAGAUGCGUCUUCACUUCUGCCUCUGACCACUAAGACUGAAGCAGCAGACCUCAGCGCUGUGAUAUCAGCUGGACAUCUACAGCCACACUAUGUCUCUCAAUGGCUCUGUCGCCCUCAAGUCCUCCAACAAUGACAAGGCAACGACAGUGGACAUCGACGCCAUCAUGGACAACGUCACCAUCGUCCUCUACACUCUGACUGUGGUUCUGGGCAUCACAGGGAACUCUAUGGUGAUCUGGGUGGCUGGAUUCAAGCUCAAGCCGAAGGUCACCAACGUCUGGCUGGUGAAUCUGGCAAUAGCCGACCUGAUCUUCUGCUGCACACGAGUCUUCUCCCUCACGAAGAAGCUCUUCUUUGACUACUGGCCCUUCGGUGUUUUCCUCUGCAAGUUCAACGGCUUCUUCAAAUAUGGCAACAUGUUCUGCUCCGUCUUUCUUCUGGCUGUCAUCAGUUUGGACCGAGCGCUCUGCGUCUGGCAGCCCGUCUUCGCCAAACGACGGCGCACCCUGUUGGUGGCGAGGGUGGUGGCCUUCUGCGUCUGGACCAUGGCAGCGGUCUUCAGCACUCCGUACUUCGUCUACCGCCAAGUCUACCUGGGGAAGAACAACAAGAGUAAAUGUUCUCUGGAAGUGAAGGAGGCAACGGAGGGGGACAACAGCACCAAACUGGCUCUCUACUCCAUCCGCUUCAUGUGUGGCUUCAUGUUGCCUUUCAUGGUCAUCCUCAUCUGUUACAUCCUGGCCGGCGUGGGCAUCCGACGUACCCGUCUGUCGGGGAAAUCCCGCCCUCUACGUAUAUUGGCAUCACUAGUCAUCGCGUUCUUCCUGUGCUGGGCGCCGUACCACUGCCUCCUGCUGGUCAAGAUGGUGGACAGCAAGAACAAAGUGGUGAAGAUCUGGCACCCUUUGGCGAAGGGCGUCGCCUACUUCAACAGCUGUGUGAACCCGCUGUUGUACUUCUGCAUGGGGCUGGAUGUGAGAGGGCGGUUCAAGCAGAGUCUGUCGGGGGUGUACAAGAGGGCUCUGGCGGACGACGUGGAAGGACAGACAACUCAGUCCAACGAGCGCUCUUUGGACGACAGCAGCGCGUCGAGACACACCAAUGUUGUGGUGGCAGGGAGGAGCCAGACGUCAGUGGAUGUAGCCAAUGUCUGAGUCUCUCCCAGUGGUCGCCAAGCUCAGAGGAUCAUACACGUGGUUUUUCAUGUUUUAGUGGAAGUUAAAGCAUCGUACAGGAUCAAACAUGUUUCAGAGGGAAACCAAAGUGUACAGGGUAUAAUCACUAGGUGAAUGUAUGUUUUUAAGUGCCCCAGAUAUGUCACGAAAAGAGUGGAAGGCUGGGGAAAAGAGUAUUUUCAAAAAUUACAUAUAUCAACAUAUAUUUGGCAUAUACCAAGAAGAAUGAAACAGUUAGUGCAGACACAACAUUAGAGCUUGGGAAAUGGAUUUUAAAUGCAUUUAAUUCAUUAUUUAACUUUUUGAAAACCAACAAUCCUUAAGAUUUAAGGUGUCGGUUGUGUGCAGUCUUUACCUACAUCAUACCUGGGUUAUUUAAAAAAAAAUGUAUGACAGGGAAUGAUGUUUUAGCUGAUUACAGUCAGAGUUAGAUUGUCUUUAACUUCCUUUGGGUGGAAGUAAUGUAUUUAAGAGAGAAACAGAAUCAGUGGACGGGGUAUAAUUAUCUAAGGGAUUAAAAUCAGAUCCUUCAGAUAGGAUUUGAUGCUCAGAAGUUGUUGUUUUUUUUAGUUAGUUUAGGAACAAGAGUGAGAUUAGGUUAGACCCUCUACUCUCUGGAAAUGAGUUUAAAGUUUUAGCAUCUGAAAUCUAAAUACAGACCUAAUAUGUCAGCUAAUGUAUUUUUAUAUGAUUGCUAGGGUUAGCUAGUCACUCAAAACCAGAAGUGAUUGGAUCUAUUUAUGCUUAUAAUAUUUUACAGGGAUGUAAAAGAGAAGGAUUUUGAUAUAAAAAUACUCAAAUACCAAAUAGCACAACUAGCUGCAAAGAAACAAGUCCAAUCUAUUGAUUCAUUCUCUACAUAUCAUGUUCAUAGUUAGAAAACCUUUUGUUUUAGUAUGACAGUAUGACAGUGUGUACUAGUACGACUAAUAGGCAGACUGUGAAUGUGCCAUGGGUGAGGUAAAAGGUUAAACGAAAGUUCCUCCUUCCAGGCAUCUGCUGAUUUCUUUAUUUCAGGAAGAUACGAAAGUUUAGAGAUGUGAAACUCGAUGGUGAGGACAGCAACAUGAAGACGGCAUGUUCUUUAUUUUUGUGUCACAGGACGACGAUGCUGUGAACUGUCUAACAAUAACCACUGCUGAAUGUCCUCUGAAGCAUGGAAGCAUUUAACUCUUUGACACCCACAUCCCGAAUGAGGCAAGUUUAUUAGUACAGCACCUUUUCAACAAGUGCUUUACACUUUGUCUUCUGGAUCAGAUUUUUUUCAUGCAAUUUGCACGAAAAAUCCUCAAUACAAUCGUUCUCUAAAGGCAAAUUCAAGGACUUUCAAGAGUUUUGACCGAAGCCUCUGCUCCCAAGUACAGAAACUCACACAUUUGUUCAUAAUGAGCAAAGAUAUAAAACCACGGGUAUGGUGCUUUAAAUCCUGAGACUAUCCUUUUUUCUAUUGACUGUAAGUUUUAUUUCCUUCCAUACAGUAGUAAAUACUCAUUGCUGUAUUUAAAACACUCCUCUUUGAUAUAAAUGUCUAAAUUAACAUUGAAUUUCGUUCGUCGUAACUGCUUUGGACUGCUGACCUUAUGGUGAAGAGACUGACUGGAUAAAUGAUCUUUAAAUGUUCAUAUACGCAGGUCAGAUUUUCCCUGCAAAACAUGUCUGAAUUGUGUUUGGAUGCAUGUGAUUGAAGUGUCAGAUGAAAAGUGAAACUGUGUUGAGUUUGAAGGGAAAGGAAGGAAGGCCGAGGGGAGGAAGUGAGACUAGAAGAAGGAAACACAGUGAUAACUUUAGUCAUGACACUGUUUUGUGUACAGAGGCCACACUGAAGGUUAAACUGAAACUGAAUAAUAAUUUCAUUGCAUGUAAAUAACUGGCCACUUUCUGUGUAUAUUUUUCAAUUCCUAGCAUCAGCAGCGCUCAGACUUCAACAGACAGGUUUCAUCGGCUGUGAGUGUGCCUGUAACCUCAGCAGAGAUCUGGGCACAGCAUUUAUGGCCUCUACGGGACACAUGCAUGUGGACCAAGUCUAAUCCUUAGCAACCAGCGCAUAAACCACAGCUGUGCUUGCUCUGCAAGUUACUCACACGUCACUAGAAUACACAUCUGUACAAUCAGUUUAUCUUGCACUUGCUGUUUCUUCAGGUUUUAUGGCCUUUCUGCUCUGCUGUGUUCAGCAGCAGCUGCAACACAGUGAAUAGCACUGAUUUUAGCUCACACAAUGCUACACUCUGAUUUAUAAUUCACAGCAAUGACAGAUUAUAAGCUUCUGAGUAAUGUGACCUUACUUUGUAGACACUGCCUGUAAUAUGAAAAUGAAAGCUUUUACAGAUGUGGGGAUUUACAGUUGUGUUUAAACUGUUUAACUGUGCAUCAAGGUGUCGACAGAGAUGCACAAAAGCUGCAUCAGAUUUAUCAGUGUUAAGACAAAAUAAUAAAAGUUUUAUCAGUUGUA